AUGGAAGACGAUUCCAGGAGCAACGGCAUGCUGCGUCCAUUCUCACAGCCCGCCUUGAACUCCAGAUUCCCCUCGUUACGGCGCCUGAACUCGACCGAACCCUACCGACAUCGUUCGUUACCUGCCGAACCCUCCCCUGGCUCCGACCGUGCCAGCAGUGAGAUUACCUUCGCUGUCCUCUAUGACGAUGGUCCAGACUAUCACGUUGGCCAGUAUGACGACCAAGGCUCCAUGCGAUCUCAACACAACCGACCCGAUUCCAUGGCCUCAUAUGCUCCUUCUUUCCGGACUCGAGACUCGAGACUGGUCAGUGACGACCACUACCUCGACCGCAACCAAGAUUUCGUAGCAAAUCAGAGGUUACUUGCCGAAGGCUAUCUCAACAACAACGACUCCCUCUAUGAUCAGUCAGUCCCUCGUUAUCCCACUCAGUCAGAAGAGACCUUGGCCAUGAACACGCUUCACAACUCAUAUCCCCGGGAUGAGAAGCGACCACUUACGCAGAUGAUGUCCCCUCCUCUUGAACGAAACCACUCCAAACACUCCCACGAGUCCUGGUGUACCUGCGAAGAAGACCAUGGACACGGGCAUGGUCCCACUCCCCUCCCCGUUCAGACUUCAACCGACAGGAAGGAUCCUGCCAAGUUCGAUCUUGAAGGUCAAAAAGGGCCAAAAGGCCCAGGAGGGCCAGGUGGUCCCGGUGGUCCAAAAGGUCCCGGCGGCCCAGGAGGCCCAGGAGGAUGGAAGCCUCCUUCAGACCAAUACGAGGUCACAUUCAACGGUCCAGACGACCCACUCAAUCCCAAGAACUGGCCUUCAAAGAAGAAGUGGGCUGUCACGGCACUCACAGCCGCCUUCACCUUCUUAUCGCCACUGGCAUCUUCUAUGGUUGCGCCCGCUAUCCCCCAGAUCAUGCGCGACUUCGACAUUCCCGCCACAAACAGAAUCCAGGGACAGAUUGUCCUCUCCAUCUUUGUGUUGGCCUACGCCAUCGGCCCCAUGUUUUUGGGUCCUCUCUCCGAAUUAUAUGGCCGUGUGGUGGUUCUACAACUUUCCAACGUGGUAUUUCUUGCCUUCAACAUCGCCUGUGGGUUUGCUCAAAGCAAAGAACAGCUUAUGGCGUUCCGCUUCCUCUCUGGUCUUGGUGGCUCUGCACCCCUUGCCAUUGGAGGCGGCGUACUGGGUGAUUUGUUCAAACCUGAAGAGCGUGGCAAGGCAAUGGGUCUCUACGCCAUGGGUCCUCUGCUCGGCCCUGCUGUCGGCCCAAUCGUGGGGGCUUGGGUUGCCGAGAAAUCAACCUGGCGAUGGAUGUUUCACGCCUGUUCUAUCACGACCCUUUUCAUCCUGGUAGCAGGCUUCUGGAAAUUGAGCGAGACUUAUGCACCAUACAUUCUACACAAGAAAGCCAAGGCUAUCCGCAAACAAACUGGCGAUUCGCGCUACUGGGCUGAUGGUGAGGGCGAGGUGAAUCAACCCGUCUGGAAAAAGGUCGUCAAGACCAUGGGUCGCGCUUUUUCAAUGUUGUUCACUCAACCAAUCGUCGUGGUCCUGGCCCUCUACAUGGCUUUCUCAUAUGGUGUGCUUUAUCUUGCUCUCUCCACGUUCCCCGAUCUUUACAGAAACGUCUAUGGCCAAGGUGUCGGCAUCUCUGGCCUCAACUAUAUUUCUCUCGGUCUCGGCUUCUUCAUCGGUGCACCUGUCUGUGGAAAGUCGAGCGACAAGAUCUAUCAGAAGCUCAAGAAAAAGGAUCCUCGUGGCCAAGGUAAACCCGAGUAUCGUAUGCCCUUGGUCAUUCCAUUUUCCUUCUUGGUUCCAAUCGGUCUGUUGACCUACGGCUGGUCUGCCCAAGCAAAAACACACUGGAUUGUCCCCAACAUUGGGUCUUUCAUCUUCGGCAUUGGUACGAUUGCUGCCUUCCAGUGCGUAACUACCUAUCUGGUUGACACCUAUGCUCGUAUGGCCGCCUCUGCAGUCGCUGCUGUCACUGUUCUCCGAUCCCUUGCUGGAUUUGGAUUUCCUCUGUUUGCUCCAUUCAUGUACGAUGCUCUGGACUUCGGCUGGGGCAACACGGUAUUGGCUAUUGCUGCCAUUGGUAUCGGUGUUCCUACGCCAAUCCUCCUGUGGAUGUUCGGUGAGAAGCUCCGAAAGAGAAGUUCGCUGGCCUCGAAGGGUCCGCCAGGUGGUCCAGGCGGUCCAGGCGGUCCUGGAGGUCCUGGAGGUCCAGGCGGCAAAGGUCCAGGUGGCCCCGGAGGCCCAGGAGGUAAAGGUCCAGGUGGUCCAGGUGGCCCGCCAGGUGGUCCUGGAGGAAAACCAGGAUUUGGACCUGAUGGCACCCCAAUGGGACCUCCUCCACCAUUCCCAGGUGGCCCAAGCAGAGGUCCUGGCCCACGAUAA